AUGUUAUCGUGUAAUGACAAUGAAGUGACUUCAGGUUGUUGUGAGACCAUGACGAAGGGAGGUAAUGCAACUGUCGCGCCAGCUACGGAUGCGAGGUCGGAGACUUCCCAACCGAUCCAAACUGAUGGAAAUAAUGGCGACUUGUUCCAGUUUAUUACGAGAUUGUGCGAUAGUUUCCCUGUCGAUACCGGAGCUUUAAUGACGAUUAACGAUCUUCUUGUGAGGCUCAAGAGCUCCCAACCAGAUGUUUUCACAGCUCUCGAUAACUUGAAGGAAACAGCACAAGUGGUUUCGAAACCGAAUGAAUCCGUUUCUAUCCAUUGGAAGGAGAAAGGAAACAAUGAAUAUACCAGAGGGAUGCUCCAGGACAGCAUUCUGUCCUACACUCAUAGUCUGAUUUGCGCCGAGACGGACACAACAAUAGCGACUACACUUAACAACCGGAGCACUGCCUUUUUCGAGAUAGGCCAGUAUGUUAACGCAUGCUUGGAUGCCCACCGCACACUUCACUACAAAACGGACUACUGGAAGGCUUUGCAGCGUCGUGGGCGUGCGUUAGAGGAACUGGGGUUCAGGGAUGCUGGCCAGAAAGACGUCUUGGCGGCCUUAGACAAGUCUUUUGAAAGUAGUAACUCGCGCGAUACCAUCGACAACAUCCUAGGAGAUGUGAUGAAGUGUCAGGCAGACUUAGCGCUGCCCCCGCGCGCGACGCUCCGUGCGCCUUUGAAGGUAGAGCGCACGAUUCAGGGCCGCGGCCUUUUUUCCCGGCAGCGCCUGAACUGCGGGACGGUGCUGGAGGAGACCCCCUACGCACUUGUGGCUCGUGCUGAGGUGUUGCUAUCUGUCUGCUCCUACUGCCUGCAGCACACGAGCUGUCUGUACCCUGGCGAUGUGUUCCGCCGUGCGGCGAUCAAAUCACGCGGGCUAUUUUGCAGUGAAAUAUGCGCCGAGGCGGCAUGGCGGUAUUAUGGGCAGUUUGAAUCCACCAAUCCGUUCUUUCUCAUGUGCCCCAACGAUGUUCUCCUGGCAACAAGGGUUGCAUUGUAUGGUGUCCAACAGUUUCCGGAGUUAGAACUGAACAAUGCAGCGCCAGACUUUGACGAAGUAGGCCACAACCAAUUCGGGGCCUCACACAUGCAGAUGUUAACAACAUUUUCGAAGGAGCUCCAGAACAAUGCCGUGGUUGGUGGCUGUGAGUCGAUUGUUGCAGCCAUUGGAUUAUACAUGAAGGCUUUCACCGCGUCUGAGGCUGAGCUUGUUCGCAAAGCCCAACGACAGAUCCAUUCCAACGCGCUGGACGUGAGCUUGGUCCUACGUCUCGGUCAGGGUAAGGAUCCUAACAUGGAAAGGAAAUCCAUGUUAUACACCAACAGUGCUGCACAGUUAGGGAAGGCGAUGUAUGCUAUCGGCUCUCUCUUCAAUCAUGCUUGCGACCCGAACUGCUUUGCUUCCUUCGUGGGGGGCCCUCGAGGGUCGAGCCCUAAACUUGUAGUGAGGGCGAUUCGGCCAAUCAUGGAAGGCGAGGAGUUGACCUUGGCUUACGCAGGGAUUGAUGCGUUUCACUUUCACAGUAUGCGCAACCGCUUGCAGACCUUGCGCAACCGCUACGGUUUCAUCUGUCGCUGUACGACUUGCGUGAACCAGGUAGACGAGUCCGUUGGAACUGAGGGAAAGGAGCACUACAUUAAGGCCGCUGACUAUUAUCAAAAGGGAUGCCAGCUGACGCGCAAUGGAAAGUACGACACCGCUGUGACAGUCUUACUGCAAAGUUACGAGAUUGUGAUGCGGUACAUUUGCCCACCACCGAACCCGCCGCAGAUGAUGGUGCCGAAGACGCAUAGGGCACUUGCUUUAGCAUACUACCACAUGAAUAAUCUCGACAAGUGUGCAGAGCAUCUGAAGGCGGCAUUGGAAACCGAUCUGCUGAUUCAUAAAACGGAAUAUCGAGUAGAAAUGAUCAAUGAAUACACACGCCUGGCCGCUGUUUUACGUGAUCCCGAAGAGCGGAGAGUUUACGGUGAAAAGGCUCUUGAGCUUGUGCGGUGUUUAUACGCACCAUCUCCGCUACUGGAGGUGGAGAUAGCUAAUAUUCAGUCAGUGUAUAAGAUCGUGAGCGUAAGCGGCAAUGAAUCGCAAAAAUAA